GCUGAAACGUCAUUAAACCGAAGAAGAAAAGGAGCCGGAAAAAGGAAAAUCGGGGGCCUGAGCUUCUUACGUUACAUUUACUUAUUUCAAAGUGAUAGCAAACAUUGUGUAAAAAGCAACACCGAAAGCAUGCCUUUACCAGUUCAAGUGUUUAACUUUCAGGGGGCCGUGGAGCCAAUGCAGAUUGAUGCAGAGCCUCAAUAUGACCAACAGAAUGCUCCAGAUAUCAACUACAUUGUUGAGAAUCCAACACUGGACCUGGAGCAAUAUGUGACUAGCUACAGUGGAUUAAUGCGCAUUGAGAGGCUUCAGUUCAUUGCAGAGCAUUGCCCUCAGCUGCGAGUAGAGGCUCUAAAGAUGGCCUUCACCUUCGUCCAGAGGACCUUUAAUGUUGAUACUUACGAAGAAGUCCACCGUAAACUCACAGAAGCCACAAGAGAAGUGCAGGGAGCACCAGAUACAUUACCGGAAGGAGGAAUGGUUUCCCCUCCACUGGACUCAGCUUGGGCCGAAUCAACUCGGAAGAAGGCUCUUCUCAAGCUAGAGAAGCUAGAUACCGAUCUGAAAAACUACAAAGGCAACUCGAUUAAAGAGAGCAUCAGGAGGGGCCAUGAUGAUUUGGGGGACCACUACCUGGACUGUGGGGACCUCAGUAAUGCUCUAAAAUGCUAUUCCCGUGCCAGAGAUUACUGCACCAGUGCUAAGCAUGUUAUUAACAUGUGUCUGAAUGUCAUUAAGGUGAGUGUGUACCUUCAGAACUGGUCACAUGUGCUGAGCUAUGUGAACAAAGCAGAAUCCACCCCAGAAAUUGCAGAGCAACGAGGAGAGCGAGACAGCCAGAACCAAGCUGUCCUCACCAAGUUAAAAUGUGCUGCAGGACUGGCUGAGUUGGCCUCCCGAAAAUACAAACCAGCUGCCAAAUGCUUCCUGCAGGCUUCCUUUGACCACUGUGAUUGUCCAGAACUGUUGUCGCCCAGUAACGUGGCUGUGUACGGGGGCUUGUGUGCUUUGGCCACAUUCGACCGACAGGAGCUCCAGCGUAACGUUAUCUCUAGCAGCUCCUUCAAAUUAUUUCUGGAGUUAGAACCACAGAUCCGUGACAUCAUCUUCAAGUUCUAUGAGUCCAAGUAUGCUUCCUGCCUCAAGCUGUUGGAUGAAAUGAAGGAUAAUCUGCUGUUGGACAUGUACCUUGCACCACACAUCAAAACACUGUACAGUCAGAUCAGAAACAGGGCUCUGAUCCAGGUGAGACUAUCGUUUGGUCCUGGUUAACAGUUAACUUCUGAAUUCAUGUUUUUCUACUUGCACCUUUGAGCCAUUAGACGGUCUUAUGGCUCCUAAACCAACUCAUGGAUUACCAGCAGAUUUACACAAUUUGUGUUAUUAGGUUGAGCCUGUGCCAUCUCCAACCUACUUUCCUCUGUAAAUGAGUAAUGCUGUAAUGGCCAUAGGAAUAGACCCCACCCCUAAAAUCAACAUGUGUAUACACACACACACACACACAC